AUGUAUCUCAUCGGCAACUUCCUCUACAUCGCCAUCCUCCUCAUCAACGCCGUAGCGAUCCUCUCCGAAGACCGCUUCCUCGCCCGCAUCAACCUCUCCCCCGCCUCCUACGACCCAGCCUUCGGCCAGGGCGCCGACGCCAGCGUCAAGGCCAAGAUCAUCAACCUCAUCGCCAGCGUCAGGACCCUCAUGAGAAUACCCCUGAUAGGCAUCAACACGAUUGUCAUCCUGUACGAGCUCGUCCUCGGAUAA